AUGGGAGGAAAUCACACACAGACUGAAUUCAUCCUGUUGGGAAUUACAGACAGCCCAUAUGCACAGACUCCUCUUUUUCUCUUGUUUCUAUUGAUUUACAUUGUCACUCUGGUGGGAAACUUCAGCAUUAUCACAUUGGUUCGGGUUUCUCCCAGCCUCCACACCCCCAUGUACUUCUUCCUCACCCAUUUUGCCUUCACUGACAUCUGCUAUUCCACAGUCAUCUCCCCCAGGAUGCUGGCAGACCUGUUAUCAGAGGACAAAACCAUUUCUUUUACCGGCUGCAUGAUGCAGUUCCUCAGCUUCACUUUCUUUGGCAGUGCUGAGUGUCACCUCCUGGCCAUGAUGGCCUAUGACCGGCACGUUGCUAUCUGCCAGCCCCUGCUUUAUGUGACCAUCAUCUCCAGCCGUGUCUGCUGGCAGCUGGUAGCAUCAUCCUACCUAUUUGCCUUCCUCAGUGCCACCAUCUACACAUGGUGUGUGUUUGGAGGUUCCCUCUGUGGUCCCAACUGCAUCAACCACUUCUUCUGCGACAUCAUCCCUGUGCUAAAGCUCAUGUGCUCUGACACCCACAUCAGUGAGAUGGUCAUCUUUGCCCUCAUCACCAUCAAUGCGGUGUGUGCAAGUGCGGUCAUUUUUCUCUCCUACAUCUCUAUCAUCCGCACCGUGCUGAGGAUGGGCUCAGCACAGAGCAGGGCCAGAGCCUCCCACACCUGUGCCUCCCAUUUGACUGCUGUUGCCUUAUUCUUUGGGACAGCAUUCUUCAUGUACCUACAACGUCCAUCUAGCCACAGGACCCUGGAUAAGUUGGCCUCCAUCUUCUACUCCGUGGUUACCCCCAUGCUCAACCCCUUCAUCUACAGCCUGAGGAACAAGGAGGUGAAGCUGGCUCUGGUGAGGUGCGGGAGAAGGUUCUUAAAUGGCUGGCAACAUAGAAGAGUUCUGUCAUCUAGGACAUGA